AAAUUGGAAAAGGAAAAUAAUAUGUACACUAAUGUAAAAGAUCAUUACACCAGUAAAAUAAUAUGUGCACCAUUUCAGUAUGGACUAUCUCCAGUGUCCAAAGACCCAUCGUAUCUCACACCUGUUGUUGAUAUAAAGAGCUCAGUCUCAAAUGGAGAGGAAGCAACUUGGUGUGAUCUAGACUGCAAGAAUUUUUCUACUAUGUGUUUCAAACACAAUCAGACAUUUUCUCCAAGUGAAAUAAUGUAUUCUCUGACUGAUUACAGUUCUUCCAAGAACCGCCACUUUCAGAAUGAGAUACUUGAUAUUUGCUGUGGAUCUCCGUUGAGAAGCGCCAGCCUUCAGGGUAAUGAUAAUCAGCAAAAAAAGGAAAGAGUGUAUAUAAAAUCUAAUAACAGUAGUAAUUCAUGCUCCUGCUUAGGCCUUUUACAAAAAUGUCCAAGCACUUUAAACCACCAAGAAGUUCCUACACCACUGAAAGCCUGUGGUAAGUUUGCUACUGAGGAACAGAAAUCAAGAGAUGUAUCACAGUUUAGUUCCAACACACAGCAGAAUCAAGAAGAGAAAAAGAAGUAUUUGGUGAAGAUAAAAGAUGAUAGUGACUUGCCCCUUACACCUUCUUCUAGUGGACAUUUUAGUCCAUCUUUCAUGACCUUACCAUAUUAUUUUUCAUCUAACCCUCCCACCCCAGAAAUUAUUAGUCAGUUGUCUGUUCGAUCAUCAGUUUUGAAAGAAGAAAGUUCACCCUGUAUAUGUCCCAGUGGAAGUCAGUGUGAAAGCCAGAGAAGUACUUUCUACACACGAGAUGCAGACCCAAUCUUAACUUCUGCAAACUUCACUCUUCAGCUAGACAAAGUAACAGCUCUUAAGGAAAUGAAAAAAAAGAAACAGGAAAAUGAAUCUGAACAGCUUUCUUACUCAGAUGCUGAUCUUACUUCUUCUUCAGUACAGUGUGACAAUGCUUUUCAUGAAGAUUACAGAAGCACAGAUACUAGUGAUGAGACAUUCUGGUCUCCAUCUCAAGAAUUCACUCCUCCUGAGCUUUUUACAAACCAUAUGACCUCUCUUAUAUCCACUGUACAUUCCAUCUCAGAAGAUGAUGUUGGAUGAAUGAGUUUGGUAGUCACUGUACUUAAAAUACCUCUACCCACACCCUCUGUGACAUAUGGAUACUACAGUGCUUUCAAAAGCAUUGUGUAACGUGUUUUUGUGUGCUUUUUUUACCAUGCAAUGUUUUCUCAUGACUUCAAUAGAAUCGAAGCUCAUUGCAUAAGUUGAUUCCAAAAACCUUUUUUUUUUUAAAGUUCACAAUACACUUAUGUAUGACAAAAAUGAAUUAACAUGAAGAUUAAAGUUUUCAUGUUUAAUGACACCUUCUUUUGGUGUCUGCUGUGUCUUACUUAUCUUUUAAUUCAGAAAGAUAUGGUUGUGUGUAUUAUACCUUACCCAGGUUCAGAAAUACUUAGGUACAUAUGUAUACCUCUUCCAAAUGAAUAAUUCUUCUUAAAGUAUUACUUUGUUAGGAAUAGAAUUGAUUAAGCUUAAAGUUUAUCUUUUAAUUAAGAUUUACAAAAAUACUAUAGUACAUAAAUAUUUUAUAAUAUUGGAAUAUCCAAAACUAUUCUGUUCAUAUAUCUUUCUGACCUAAAACUCCAACAUGUUGUUGCAUUAUAAAUUGUCUUGUAAGUAAAGCUAAACAUUUUUCUUUGGGAUAUUGUAUUACAUAAUUUUAAAACAUAAUUGAAAUCCAGGACAUUUAAUGCUUUAUAUCUCUUGAUAACCACAGCAAUACAGUAACGGAAAUAUUAUGUACUACUGAACUAUGUUAUCCUGCAGUUGAACAGUAAUACUCUGAAGUUGUUUUGUUAUUAUGUUUGUAUUGUUCUUGUAUUUUGCUGUUAUUACCCUGUUGUCGAAUAGUAUACUUUAAGAAUAUUAUUUGGCUUAUUUGAAAUAACAUUGACAGUACUAAUGAAAAAAUUCAUAAUUACAAUGAAAAUGUAUUCAUUAGUACUCAAGAUAAGUAUUUAUAACAAGUUAUAUUUCUUUAGCUUUUACCCAUAGUCUUGCCCCCCAGUGGCACAGCAGUACGUUUGCGGAUUUACAACGCUAG